GUAAGAAAAUUCUUGCUGAAAAUCUACGGCGAUUUUGUUUUUUCGAAAAGCUAGAGAAUUCGACGAUUCCUUCCCGGGCCCGUUUCGGGAGAGAUUUUUGGUUCACGGCCGAAGGACAACCUGUUCAACAUUCCGUAGAGCAGCAUUGUAUCUCCAGCAGCGGGAGCGACCAUUGUUCGAGCAGUGUACCGUACCGUGAAUCCAUCGAUGAAGUUCUGCGCUUCACUCCUAGCGGCAGCGGUCCUGGUCUCCAGCGGCGAGUCCUUUCUUCCGGUGACGACCCCCACAAAACACACCAGCAACAAUAACAAAAGCAUCGGCAGCAACCGCAUCGACAGCAACCGCAACCGCAACAGCAUCAACAUCAUCCAACGCACCAAUCUCCCUCCCCUCAAGAGCAACAACGACGACAUGGUAGACGCCCAGGAACGAGAAGCCCGCAAGAUCUGCCCCCUCAUCCCCAUUCCCGAGGACCCCACCGCCACCUUCGAGGCGGCCAUGGGCUGAUUCUGGGGUCCUCAGCGCGAUUUCGAUCGCGAGGAGGGCGUCACCGAAACCGUCGUCGGCUACUCGGGGAGUACCUCCCGGGACACGGAGACCCCCGCGGACCAGAACCCGACCUACCGCAACGUCCAGGACUACGCCGAGUCCAUCCGGGUCACCUACAACAAGGACAAGUGGACCUACGAGCAGAUGCUCGACUACUUUUUUGCGGUCCACACCCCGGCGGACCCCCGCUGGGCGGGGACCCAGUACCGGUCGGCCAUUUUCUACCACACCGAGGACCAGAAACAAAUGGCCGAGGCGGCCUGCAAGAAGCGCGGGGCGCUCGGGAAGUACGUGUCGGUCGAGAAGGCCUCGGAUUUUUACCGGGGGGAGGAAUACCACCAGAAAUACGUGGAAAAACAGGUCUCCGGUGCGUAUUAUUAGAUUCGGGUCGGAACCGAACGCGCCACCGAAUCGAACACACGAACCGGCCCGCAAAGGAUGCCAUCGAAUGAGUCCCUUGGAAUCGAGCAGGAUGUUUCGAGAGCGAGACAAGAGAGACAACAACAAAACAAAGCCCCCAUCAAAUCGCGAAGAAUGGAUGGUUUUCGAAUGACGAUUCUGUCGAAAGGGAAGAGAUCCCCCCGUUCCUACAGAGUUUGAGAAGAAAAACAUUCAUCCCCCAUCCGGUUUCUUUGGACCUUUGGGUUUUUCGGUAUAUCUUUUGAAACAUCGUUCUUUGACGGACGUAAUCGCUAAUCGCUCCGUUACUCAUAAGCUAAAAUUCAC